CCGGCACCCUCUGGCCUCCGCCGGAGGCCUGCGCGCUCGACGCCCCAUUGCUACGUCUGCGUUGCCACAGCCUGCUCGCCGGCCACGUGUGUACUGCCUCCGUGUUGCCCUCGUCGAGCUGCGCCCACAGGAAUGGUACGCGGACGCGGAGGGUGCCGGACACCGGAGAGAUGCCUGAGCGCAAGAGGCCGCACGUCUGGCGAUCAGGCGUGGCAAGCUCUGCUCACGCAGCAUCAAGCGCCGUCGAGCAUGACCCCAGCGCUACGCUAUGUAUGCUUUUCUGUUUUCAAGCGCUGGCAGGUAGUGCUUGACGGAGCCGUUCCAGGGCGCUCGUCGAGGCCGAGCGGCGGCAAGCGAGGCGGUUCGGGGUGCAUGAGAGGCGCCCUCUCCCGCGGCACGCACGUUCGGCCCCAAGACUCGUGCUCGCUUGCGCCAAGGAUGCCGUGCCUCGGGAGCGACCUCCGAUGCUGCCGCAUGUCGCCCCCGAGGCAAGGCACAGAGCACGCGGUCGAUCCGCACAGUCGUCAGAAGAGGAGGCCCGAGUUGAAGCAGGGCUCGAGAGAGCCAAGCAUGCGUGCAGCAUCAGGCAGCUUCUCCGCUCAGGCGCAGAGACAGUCGCUCACUAUCCCGCCUCGGAGCCAUCAGAUCGUAGGCAGUCUGAGUAGCACGUCAGAAUGGCGCGACGGGCUCUCGGCGCAUUGUACCGCACAUCCACCGGCACCUGAGCGCUGCAGCCCAUCGACAGGAAUAGAGUUGCUGCGGCUGUGCUGGUACGCUAGCGCAGCGCUCGAGCUGGCCUCGCUUAAACCUCACGAGCGGCUUUGGACUAGCUGGGGAGCUCUGACUAGCGUGAGGCUCAACGAGCCGAGAGGGGCUGAGCUGCAGCAGCCGGUACAGGAUGCAGCCAUGCGGCUCCGAGGCCAUCUGGCGGCGUCGACUGCUCCUGGGUUGUAGAGCAGCCCCCUCAGUGAUCCUAGCGCAUGCCACAGCCCCGGCGAAGCAUGUAACGAGCAGGUCGUCUCUCCUGCACGCACACUGCACAUUCUUUCUUUGC